AUGAGUCGUUUGCACGCCACAGGUGCACACAUACGCAUUUCUCGUCAAUUGGCCACCGAUUUGAUUUGCCUGAUUUAGUGCUCAAAGAACUUUCAGCAAAUUGGCCCACUCGCCAGGAGAAUCAGUCAAGAGUAUACCAUAAUGGGUUGUUGUUUUAGCACGAGUAAAUCGGUGGAUUUGCCUCCGGUUCCGCCGGCUCCGGGAAAGCAGCGGUCCACUUUGCCGGAAUUCCCGGUUUCCGGAUCGGUCACCACCACGGCUCCUGGAUUUUCUGGAGCCGGAGGAGCCACCAAUGCGGCCCUGGAGGAUGACUAGAAUCGGUUAAACCCACAGAGAAACGAUUACGUCGAGGGGAAAAGUGUAAAUUGCCAAAUGGCACAUUGGAUCAUGAGUCACGAACGUGCGGCUGGCGGAUUUUCCAAUUACGCAGCCCGGUAGUUAUAAUUGUAGUAAAAAUACGUUCUUUAU